UACAUCCCCCAAGAGACCUAGUUUUUCAGUGUUUUUCAACCUCUUGUUCCAGGAACAACUGCAGAACUGGAUUCGGGGCAAUGUCAGUGCUUGUCCCUAUUCCAUCUUCAUUUUUGAUGAGAUGGACAAAAUGCACCCAGGUCUCAUUGAUGCCAUUAAGCCCUUCUUAGACUAUUACGAGCAAGUUGAUGGAGUGUCCUAUAGAAAAGCCAUCUUCAUCUUCCUCAGCAAUGCAGGGGGUGACUUAAUUAAUAAAGCAGCUCUUGACUUCUGGAUAAGUGGAAAGCGCAGGGAAGAGAUUCAGCUAAAAGACCUGGAGCCCGUGUUAUCUGUAGGAGUCUUCAAUAACAGAAAUAGUGGACUGUGGCACAGCAGCCUCAUCGACAGGAACCUCAUUGACUACUUUGUCCCCUUCCUGCCGCUGGAGCACAAGCAUGUCAAGAUGUGCAUCAGGGCUGAGAUGAUAGCCCGGGGUUAUGCUGUUGAUGAGAAGGUUGUCCAAGCAGUGGCUGAUGAGAUGACAUUCUUCCCAAAAGAGCAGAAAAUCUACUCGGAUAAAGGCUGCAAGACUGUACAGGCCAAGCUGGAUAUUCAUGAAGACGCUGUGAUGAGAGAUCCAAAAGCCAAGGGUUGA